AGAAGGCAGGGUGGGGAAGUUUUUAGUUAAUGAAAUGGUUAUUAUUUGCUGACAAGAUCACUGAGUGUCUUAUGAAGAGGGAACUUGAUCUCCUUCCAAGUAACGAAACAGGAAUUUGCACUGCAGUUUGUGUGUGAAGCACGUGUAUUCCAGACCAAAAAAAAAAAAAAAGAAAAAAGGCACGUACAGUCCCAUUGCCUAGAGACUUCAACAUCCGUUAGGACACAUUAUUGCUCACACUGUCCGCAUUCUUUACCAUGACUUGGUUGUUUUACCUCAGGGCUGGUGAAGCAGUAUAGGAACAUACACCCCUGCUCGAGCCGCCUCAUGGGAACUCAGCCUCGUGGCAACCCCUCUCCAGUACUUCAGGAAUUCCUAACUCUUCUUCCAGCCUGGGCAAAUAAAUUCAUCAUGAAACAGUUGACUUUCAAGGGAGAUAUUCUUAUCGGGAGGAGGUCUGAAGGAAAUUGCAGCUCCCGUACUGACAGACAGCUCUGUGGACCGCAGAAGGGCAACAUGUAUGCUCACUGAACCAGGAGGCAAAAUUCCUGCUAACUUUGGGGAGUAAGGACUGCAUAGAGGCUAUGUGAUUUUGACCAACUAUUCUGACAAGGAGCACUCAGGUGAUAAGAGAUGAGUGUGUUGAUGCCCUGGUGGCUGCUGCUCCUUCUGGUCAGCUUUGGCUCACCUGCGCCCAGGUUUUCGGAUAAUGAUAUUUGCCUCCUAGACAACAAUAAAUUGAGACAAAGGUUAAAACAUCUUCAGGAUUUGGUUUACUUAUAUGAACUGCAGCUGAAGGACAUCCUGGAGAACACUUAUCAUAGGACAAAAAGUGGGUUCUUCUCAGGCAACAGGAGCAUGCAGCAUGAGGUGCUUUUACCCCCAACCAGUGGAAAUUUGAUAGUCUAUGACCAAGAUUGCUCUGCAGUGUAUAAUAGGAAGAAGACCAAAAGUGGCUACUACCGCGUCAGGCCCAGGGCAGACCAAGAGCCUUUCCUGGUGUACUGUGACAUGUCUGAUGGCGGUGGGUGGACUGUCAUUCAGCGACGGAGUAACGGCAAAGAGAAUUUCAACAGGAAAUGGAAUGAUUACAAACUGGGAUUUGGGAAACUCCAGGGCAAGAAUGAUGAGUACUGGCUGGGCAACGACCACAUCUAUGACCUGCUCACUAGAGGAGAGAGCUCAUUAAAGAUUGACCUGAUGGACUGGCACGGGGAAAGACGUUAUGCAGUGUAUGAAAACUUCCAGCUCACCAAUGAACAGGAUAACUACAGGUUGUGGUUCGGCACCUACUCUGGUAAUGCUGGUGACGCUCUGUCUGGUGGGAGCAGUUUCGAAGAUCAGUGGUCAGCCUCUCACAGAGGGAUGCAGUUCACCACAUUUGACAUGGAUCACGAUCGAUUCCUGGCAGGCAACUGCGCACUGGAGAGCAGUGGUGGGUGGUGGUUUAACAGGUGCCACGCUGUAAACCUCAAUGGACGAUACUACAAAACAGGAAGGUACAACGGAUCCCAUGACAAUGGCAUCGUUUGGUCUACAUGGCACGGGAUGUGGUACUCGCUCAAAUACUCGGCCAUGAAAAUCAGGUCUCCAUUCUUUGUUGACAGUGAGAGUGGAGAUGGUGAGGACGGUCAGGGCAGCUGAAAUCUGCUGCAUUGAGAAUUGAAAAAGUACAGGAUGAAAAUAAUUUUGUAAAUUAAUAGCCAGCCUUCUGCUGCUGCCAACUGCCAAAACUGCACUGUGGGAACUGUAGUUGCACCUGUUUCUACUAGAUGAGGGGAAAGUUGUGAGUUGUUUGAGCAGAGCCAGCCAACAAUCUAAUGGAAAAUGUAUGGAUCGCAGUCACAAAGAACCACAGCUUUCUUUUUCAGCAGUUUUUGGGACUUCAUUGCAGAGUGUUUCAGAAAAGCUCUCUGGAUCUUGAAUGAUCAAGCACGUUCUUUUAGCUACCUGUACUCCUCAAGGGCUAGAUCUUUCUCAUCUUGAUUGUAGUGGUCAGUGCCUGAGUUACAAGAACAUAAGAACAGAAACCAGGAGGUGAUAAGGAAUUGGAUUUCAACUGGUGUGCCCUCAUUAGUGUUUUGAUUUGGAUUAGCAGCAUGUUUUUAAGCAACUCUCUCUAUGGUCACCAAUUGCCACACUUUAGUUUCAGAACACGCCUAGAAUGCAAAACCAAACCAGAAGAUAGGUAUGCUCCAACAGCUAGCAACCAUCCUGACUACUUCCAAGUAAGGCUACUUCAAAGUAAGCCCCCACAACAUGGACAAUGUUGAUGCUGCUUUUCACUGCCUCCAGUUUCAUGCCGCAGAGCCACUUCUAUAGCAUACAGUGGCAUGCUAAUGCAAUCAGAAACAGUGCUGAUAACUAGAUUUAAGUCUCAGAUUUAAAUUAGGCAGAUUUUACUAAAUUUAAGAUUAGCACAGAUAUCCUUGGGAGUUCAUAAAAUGCAAUCAUGAUCCAUCUGUAUCUUCUCAUGUAAUUUACCACACCACUUUAGAAUCAUCGAAUCAUAGAAUAAUUAGAGUUGGAAGGGGCCACUGAAGGCCAUCUGGUCCAACUCCCCUGCAACAAACAGGGACACCACAGCUCGAUCAGGUGCUCAGAGCCCCGUCCAGCCUGACCUUGGGUGUCUCCAGGGACAGGGCAUCCACCACCUCUCUGGGCAGCCUGUGCCAGUGCCUCACCACCCUUAUUCUAAGACAUUUUCCUUAGCAAAGAGGAAUCAGAAUGCAGAAAGUGAUUGAAACACAAGGCACACUGCAUUCAUUGGCUCAUCUGAGUGAAAUGAAAGCAUAAGUGACUGAAAGAAAUGGAAUACUGAAAAUUUAUUUUCCACAAGUUGUUGAUAACAAGUCAAAAUGAAUAGUAAUAUCAACUUGAUGCAAAUCAUUUAACUACCGUGUUGUAGGAUGAGCCUAUUUUUUUCUGAAUUACAAUUUUUUUUAAACAGGUUAUUUUUCAUGUAUUUGCUUUAGAACAAUACACAUUAUAAUUUGUAUUACAUAGACACAAGUGUGAAAUAAAACCACCUGAGCAGGACUUAA